AUGGCUGCUGCGUUUCCUUGUGCUGAAGAUGAUUUUUUAUGUUCCAUAUGCAGUAAUGUCUUCAACAAUCCUGUUCUGCUGUCCUGCAGCCACAGCUUCUGUAAAGACUGUCUGGAGCUCUGGUGGGUGGAUAAACCUUUACACCCAUGUCCUCUGUGUCGAGCACCUUCAACAGGUGAGCCACACCGUAACCUGGCAUUAAAGAACCUGUGUGACUCCUUCUUAAAGCAGCUUUCUCUGGAGGAUAAGACCUCUGAAACAGAGACAGUCUGCAGUCUGCAUUCAGAGAAGUUGAGGCUCUUCUGUCUGGAUCAUCAGCAGCCAGUGUGUGUAGUCUGUCGGGAUUCCAGGGCUCAUACCAACCACAGAUUCAGACCCAUCGAUGAGGCUGCAGACGACUACAAGGAGGAGCUCAGGAAACACCUGAAGCUUUUACAGGAUAGAAUAGAGCACUUCAAUAAAGUCAAAGUGGAGUGGGAUCAAACAGCAGCACAUAUAAAGACCCAGGCUCUAGACACAGAGAGGCAGAUCAGAGAGAAGUUUCAAAGACUUCGUAAGUUUUUAGAAGAGGAGGAGAAGGCAAGGGUGGCCUCUGUGAAGAGGGAGGAGAAGCAGAAGAGUGCAGAGAUGAAGACAAAGAUUCAGGCUUUGAGCAGAGAAAUAGCAAGUCUGUCAGAGACGAUCAAAGCCACAGAAACGGAGCUGAAAUCUGGAAGUGUCACAUUCAUGCUCAACUACAAGGCUGCAGUGGAAAGGGCCAAGCAACGCCCCCUGGUGGAGGAUCCACAGCUGGGGCCAGGAGCUCUGAUGGUUGUGGCCAAACACCUGGGCAACCUGAGCUUUAACGUCUGGAAGAAGAUGAAGGAGAUGGUGACGUAUUUCCCGGUCGUUCUGGAUCCAAACACUGCAGGACCGUACUUGUCUGUGUCUGAAGAUUUGAAAAGUCUGACAAACGAAGGAGAGGAGAUUGUAAAACCGCAGAACCCAGAAAGAUUUCAGAUGUACCCGAUGGUGCUCGGGUCUGAGGGGUUUAAAUCAGGGACUCAUAGCUGGGACGUCAAGGUCAGGAGUGAUGCACACUGGUCUGUUGGUGUGAUAGCAGAGUCUGUGUGGAGGAAGGGAACCCUUCAGACUGGAUACUGGGAGGUGUGGUAUGAUAAUGGUAAAUACAAAGUGUCCUGUCCACCAAAGAUAGAUAACAUUCUCUCUGUGAAUCAGCCACUGAAGAGGGUCAGAGUGAAGCUGGACUGGAGCGGAGGGAAAUUGUCUUUCUAUGAUUCAGAUACCAACACACUCCUUCACACUUUCCGUCAGACCUUCACUGAGCGGCUCUUUCCUUUUGUCAACUCAUUCAAUUCAAAUCCACUGAGCAUAGUCACAAAGAAAGUCACCAUACAGUUUUAG